UUUAAGUGGAUCAGCAAGGCUUUUUUCUGGGUGGACGCAAACUUAAUUUUCCUUGUUUUUCUCCUGUUUCUCACAACCCUUUCGCAGCUUCCCAGUCCAGUCGACCACUUUCCCUUUGCAGUCAGGUAAUCGAGGUGAAUGUGUUGUGUGUUGCGAGGCACGUAGGUGCUCUGUAAAUGUUAGCUAAAGUGAUUGGCUGCUCUGGCGAGGAGCGUAGUCCAACUCGUUGGAUCCAGAAACAAGUUCCAGCUUCAGAAACAUCCAUGCAAUCCAACCGGAGCCCGCCUUCUCUCUCCCCAUCCACCUACCUUUCUGUGACCGCUUGCUUCUCCUCAGUGUCACUUUAGCUAAUUGUAUCAGACUCCAACUGAUGCAGAAAAGUUGAGUGGCAAGGAUUGCCCUGUUCUUCAAGGACCUUCCUGUGUUUCUCGUGACUUUCUGGAUCCCCUGACUGGUUCGGUGAACCGGUUCUGUGAUUGGAGGAAAGAUGGGCACCCAGCUCGAGAGAGGCUGACAGAUUACAGCCACUCACAGCCAUCUUUGUUGGGCUUUGGCUUCGUUUUUUUUCUCCCUUGUGUUAGAUGAGGGUCUGUCCUUUGCGUUUGGGGGGUUGACAGUAUUUUCAAACUAGUCUACAUAACUACUCAAACAUGUGGCAGUAGUUAUAGUUGACCGAAACAAGAAAAAUAAAGUUCCACUAGGUAGAUAGAGCAUCAUUUGAAAACUCAGAAGUCCUGGGGCGCUAGACCAGCUAUUCUGUGAUUCAAAGAAAAUAGUUGUAAAGUUUCUGGAAAGGUCAUGUUCACCCCGUGCCUGUUGACUUCAGAAGUGGACCUGAAUAAGAAUUCUUUUCAGUCUCCCUUGGGUAAAAAUGCUGUAGAGAGGAGAGAUGCCAUUUACCUAGCCAGCCUCCUACCUCACAGUAGAUGUGGAAGCCUCCUUGGUUCCCGUUGAGGCAGGCCGCACUUAAGUCAAGACUGCCGACUGUGGUGGGUUCAAAGGUCAAUAACAAGAAAGAACACCUGUAGAUACCAUUUGUGGAGGGUGUUCACAGGGGAAAUCAGUAAGAAAUUGCUUCCAAAAGAUAACAAACGAGUGCAAAUGAAGAGUUGGACACUCACUCACUCACUCUGUUAUUUGGAGUUAGCUAGGUUUGGUUUGGGAUUAAUAGGCCUGUGCUUCCUUUGUACUGUCCCCUGGAACAUUUCAGGGUCCCUCGCGUCUGAUGUGGGGAAAAAAAAUUCAGAUCUCUGGAACUGCUCUAGGCUUUCCGAGACUUGUCCCUGCUAGCUUCUGACGACAGUGCAGCAACUGUAGAAGAGUGAACAUGGGCUUUGAGGUCAGAGACAUGGGCUUGCUUCUGCUCCUGCCACCGUGGGGAGCUGGGCGAGACUCAUCCUUUGGGCCUCAGUUUCCUCCUCUAUCCAGUGGGAAUAACGAGCACACCAAUUUCUCCGGGUUAGUUGCGUUAAAUGAAGUUUUGUGUGUUCAAGGCUUGGUACUCCAGUUUCAUUACUUUCUACUUCCUGUGUAAAGAAAGCUCUGUGGAGUUUGUGUGCAUACAAAUAUUCCUGAGGGACCAUCCGGGUAAACCAGUACGAUCUUUCGGAUCGGGCUCAUAGUACUUCCUGAGUUUCCUGCCUUCCCCAGAGAACAGAGAGCAGUUUCUCUCUCCUGGGUGAAGUGUAGGGCUGCUAACUUCAAGAUUAUCAGUUCAAUCCCCCCAGCCACCCCAGAGGAGAAAGAUAAGGCUGUCUACUCCCGUAAAGAUUUUCAGUCUCAGAAAUCUCAUAAAGGGGCUGUUAGGAGUUUGGAUUGACUCACUGGAGGUGGGCUGGUUGGAUUUCUCUUUCACUUGUAGAUGAGCUGAGGUAGUCCCUGGGGCAAGGCAGCCAAAGUCCUUUGGGAAGCACAAUAGUAUUGCCUUAAGACUCUGCUAGCCAAUUUAGUGACCCUGAUGGUUUCCUUCUAGAGCCUUCACUGGAGGGAGAUCCUGCAAGGUCCAGGGGCCUACACUGGACACUUGGCGAGGCUGCUUCCUACUUCCCAGGCUACGGUUCUGGGAAACUUGAGGUGAAGUAGAGAAAUUUCUGUAUUCAGCUGCCCAGGCAGAGGAGAAUGGGGUCUCCACAGCCUGAAGAAUGAAGACACGACAGAAUAAAGACUCAAUGUCAAUGAGGAGUGGACGGAAGAAAGAGGCCCCUGGGCCCCGGGAAGAACUGAGAUCGAGGGGCCGGGCCUCCCCUGGAGGGGUCAGCACGUCCAGCAGUGAUGGCAAAGCGGAGAAAUCUAGGCAGUCAGCCAAGAAGGCCCGAGUAGAGGAAGCGUCUACCCCGAAGGUCAACAAACAGAGCCGGAGUGAGGAGAUCUCAGAGAGUGAAAGUGAGGAGACCAGUGCACCCAAAAAGACUAAAACGGAGCAGGAACUCCCUCGGCCACAGUCUCCCUCGGACUUGGACAGCUUAGAUGGGCGGAGCCUCAACGACGAUGGCAGCAGUGACCCUAGGGACAUUGACCAGGACAACCGCAGCACCUCCCCCAGCAUCUACAGCCCUGGAAGUGUGGAGAACGACUCCGACUCGUCCUCGGGCUUGUCCCAGGGCCCAGCCCGCCCCUACCACCCACCUCCACUCUUUCCUCCGUCCCCUCCCCCGGCCGACGGCACCCCCCGACAGCCAGAGCCUAGCUUUGAACCCCACCCUCCUGUGGCACCCACUGGGUAUCAUGCUCCCAUGGAGCCCCCUGCAUCUCGAAUGUUCCAGGCUCCUCCUGGAGCCCCUCCUCACCCACCACUCUACCCUGCCGGAGCUGGUGGAGGCGUUCUGUCAGGACCUCCAAUGGGUCCUAAGGGGGCAGGGGCAGCCUCUUCAGCAGGGGCCCCCAGUGGGGGUAAGCAACACCCUCCACCCACCACCCCCAUUUCACUAUCAAGCUCCGGGGCUGGUGGUGCUCCACCAACUAAACCGCCUCCCACUCCAGUGGGUACUGGGAGUCUAUCCUCUGCUCCUCCACCAGCCACUUUCCCCCAUGUGGCACCAAAUCUGCCCCCGCCACCUGCCCUGAGGCCGCUUAACAAUGCAUCAGCCUCUCCUCCUGGCCUAGGUGCUCAGCCACUCCCUGGGCAUAUGCCUUCCCCCCACGCCAUGGGGCAGGGUAUCGGUGGACCAGAGAAAGGCCCAACCUUGGCCCCUUCGCCCCACCCUCUGCCCCCCACUUCCUCUUCUGCGGCCGCUCCCCCUCUGAGGUACCCUUACUCCUCCUCUAAUAGCUCUGCAGCAGCCUCUUCUUCCAGUUCUCCCUCUGCCUCACAGUACCCCGCUUCCCAGACAUUACCCAGUUACCCUCACGCCUUCCCUCCCCCAACAAGUCUCUCUGUUUCCAAUCAGCCACCCAAAUAUACCCAGCCUUCUCUCCCAUCCCAGGCUGUGUGGAGCCAGGGCCCCCCACCCCCUCCUCCCUACGGCCGCCUCUUAGCCAACAGCAAUGCUCACCCGGGCCCCUUCCCUCCUUCCACUGGGGGCCAAUCCACUGCCCACCCAACAGCCCCGGCACACCACCACCACCACCCCCCGCCGCAGCAGCAGCAGCAUCAUGGGAGCUCUGGACCCCCUCCACCUGGAACAUACCCCCACCCCAUAGAGGGCAAUGGCUCUCACCAUGCACACCCUUACGCCAUGUCGCCCUCCCUGGGGUCUCUGAGGCCCUACCCACCAGGGCCAGCACAUUUGCCCCCACCCCACAACCAGGUCUCCUACAGCCAAGGGGGCCCCACUGGCCCUCCAGCUUCUUCCUCCUCUUCCAACUCCUCUUCCUCUCAAGGGCCCUACCAAUGUUCACACCCCUCCCCUAACCAGGGCCCCCAAGGCACCCCCUACCCCUUCCCACCGGUGCCUCCAGUCACCACCUCCUCAGCUACCCUCUCCACUGUCAUUGCCACCGUGGCCUCCUCGCCAGCAAGCUACAAAACCGCUUCCCCUCCGGGCCCCCCACCAUAUGGAAAGAGGGCCCCAUCCCCUGGGGCUUACAAGACAGCCACCCCACCUGGAUAUAAGCCGGGGUCACCGCCCCUGUUCCGAACGGGGACCCCACCAGGCUAUCGAGGCGCCUCACCCCCCGCUGGCCCAGGGACCUUCAAGCCUGGCUCGCCCACAGUGGGGCCUGGGCCACUACCACCAGCGGGGCCCUCAAGCAUGGCCUCCCUGCCACCGCAGCCUGCAGCCCCUGCCUCAGGGCCCCCCCUAAGCGCCACGCAGAUCAAACAGGAGCCGGCUGAAGAAUACGAGCCCCCAGAGAGCCCGGUGCCGCCGGCCCGCAGCCCCUCGCCCCCUCCCAAGGUGGUGGACGUGCCCAGCCAUGCCAGUCAGUCUGCCAGGUUCAACAAACACCUGGACCGCGGCUUCAACUCGUGCGCGCGCAGCGACCUGUACUUCGUGCCGCUGGAGGGCUCCAAGCUGGCCAAGAAGCGGGCCGACCUGGUGGAGAAAGUGCGGCGCGAGGCCGAGCAGCGCGCGCGCGAGGAGAAGGAGCGCGAGCGCGAGCGCGAACGCGAGAAGGAGCGCGAGCGCGAGAAGGAGCGCGAGCUGGAGCGCAGCGUGAAGUUGGCCCAGGAGGGCCGCGCUCCAGUGGAGUGCCCGUCUCUGGGCCCGGUGCCCCAUCGCCCUCCAUUUGAGCCAGGCAGUGCUGUGGCUACAGUGCCCCCCUACCUGGGCCCCGACACUCCAGCCUUGCGCACGCUUAGCGAAUAUGCCCGGCCCCACGUCAUGUCUCCUGGAAACCGCAACCACCCAUUCUACGUGCCCCUGGGGGCAGUGGACCCAGGGCUCCUGGGUUACAAUGUCCCAGCUCUGUACAGCAGUGACCCAGCGGCCCGGGAGAGGGAGCGGGAAGCCCGCGAGCGAGACCUCCGAGACCGCCUGAAGCCUGGCUUCGAAGUGAAGCCCAGUGAGCUGGAGCCCCUCCACGGCGUCCCCGGGCCAGGCCUUGAUCCCUUCCCCCGACACGGGGGGCUGGCCCUGCAGCCCGGCCCACCAGGCCUGCACCCUUUCCCUUUCCAUCCGAGCCUGGGGCCCCUAGAGAGAGAGAGGCUAGCACUGGCGGCGGGGCCAGCCCUACGGCCUGACAUGUCAUAUGCCGAGCGGCUGGCAGCUGAGAGGCAGCACGCCGAAAGGGUGGCAGCGUUGGGCAAUGACCCACUGGCCAGGCUGCAGAUGCUCAACGUGACCCCCCAUCACCACCAGCAUUCCCACAUCCACUCGCACCUGCACCUGCACCAGCAGGAUGCUAUCCAUGCAGCCUCUGCCUCGGUGCACCCUCUCAUCGACCCCCUGGCUUCUGGGUCCCACCUUACUCGGAUCCCCUACCCAGCCGGGACCCUCCCCAACCCCCUUCUUCCUCAUCCUCUGCACGAGAACGAAGUUCUUCGUCACCAGCUCUUUGCCGCCCCCUACCGGGAUCUGCCGGCCUCCCUCUCUGCCCCUAUGUCCGCAGCUCACCAGCUGCAGGCCAUGCACGCACAGUCAGCUGAGCUGCAGCGCCUGGCACUGGAGCAGCAACAGUGGCUGCAUGCCCAUCACCCCCUGCACAGUGUGCCGCUGCCCGCCCAGGAGGACUACUACAGUCACCUGAAGAAGGAAAGCGACAAACCGCUGUAGGUCCUGGGACCAAGAGAGCUCCUGCACCUCGGAGGCAGCCCUCCCGCACACCACAAGGAGUCCAGAGAGGACACUGCCCAGU